AUGUCCGAUAUGGCCGUUUCGACGGACCAUAUCCCUGAUCGAGGUCCCGCAGUCUUCGCCGUCACCACAGCCACGCUGGUGGUCGGCACGGCUUUCUUCAUCGCCAGGCUGUUUUGUCGGUCACUGAUCGUCAAGCGCGUCAGUUGGGACGACUACUUCAUUAUCCUGGCAUGGUUCCUGGCUGUCGGCCUCAGCACCACCAUCGACAUUGGCACGAGCAAGGGCUUGGGGAGGCACGAUGCAAACAUUGCUAGUGGAGACCGUCUUCCGCUUAGGAAGACGGAGUAUGCCUUCUCCGUGCUCUACAACCCUGCGCUCAUGGCGCUCAAGACCAGCAUCCUCAUCUUCUACCUGCGUCUCUCCAAGAACACACAGCAGAUCCUUCGCAUCGCGUCAUGGGUUGUGCUGGCUAUCGUCAAUACCGCAGGAAUUGUGCUCACCUUCCUAAACAUUUUCCAGUGCAACCCGGUCAUUGCGGCCUUCAGCCUGUACAGGUACCAAGCCCAGUGCAUACCCCUACUCACCGAGUUCAUUUGUUCCGCGCCGGUAAACAUCGUCACCGAUCUCGCGAUUCUGGCCCUCCCGAUCCCUGUUCUCACGGGAAUGAGGUUGCCUAAGCGACAGAAGUAUAUCCUAGUCUUCACCUUCUCCCUGGGUAUAUUCGUUACUAUUGUGGAUGUCGUCCGCAUCUACUACUUGCAACAAGCCAUCUCUUUCGUCCCAACUACUCCGUCGAACGAUCCGGAUGCGUUAUUUGGCGACAGCCCAGAAUUCGCUUGGAAUGCGUCCUUGUCGUUGAUGUGGUCGGCGGUAGAGGUCAAUGUGGGCAUGAUUUGUGCCUGUAUCCCAACGCUCAAGCCUUUGAUACUCAAGAUCUUGCCCACGGUGCUUUUUGAUCCAGACGGGACACACGAUUCCAGCUUGUCAACGUACGCUACCGACACACAAGACAAGGAACCAACUGGAAGUCAGAAUGCCACCGCACCUGCCGAGUCAGGCGAAGGACCCGAAUCUCUUGCAGUACCCGCCCAAGCACAGCAGCAGGACUCGUCCGCAGAGCAGAUCUCCUGCCUCGAUUUUCUUACGACGCCGGAUAUGGUCAAUCCCGCUUCUCCGAACUCUGUUCCGCCCCAGCCCGGCUCUCCGGCAACAAGACUCACCUGGAUGUCUGGGAGGUCCCGAAACGACAAUGCUAUUUAUUUCGGGUUUGUUAACAUGAAAAGACCCAAGAGCAUGAUCAAGACAGCCCCUGCCGAGUCCUUGCGGUACUGUGUGGUUGUCACCAUCCUCUUCCUGCUCUGGGGUUUCUCUUACGGGCUUUUGAACACGCUUAAUAACGUCAUUGCCACCAUUUCCGAUAUGAGCACGGCUGAGACAUUGGGACUGACCACUGCGUACUUUGGCGGCGGCUAUUUCUUCGGACCGCUUGUUGUAGGGGAAUGGGUCCUCCGUCACGACGAACAUGCUCGCUUCCACAGGAAUCGACGCAGGCACAAACAUCGGGACGCGGUCGGCGGUUUCAAGGCCACAUUCAUCCUAGGACUUUGCAUAUAUGGCAUCGGAACGAUCAUGUUUUGGCCAUGCGCCGUUCUGACCUCGUUCCCCGGUUUCAUGAUCAGCAACUUUGUUGUUGGGUUUGGGCUGGGUGUCCUUGAGACGGCAGCGAAUCCCUUUAUUAUCCUAUGUGGACCUCAGCAACACGCCGAAACUCGGAUACUAAUAGCGCAGGGUUUUCAAGGUGUUGCAAGCGUCAUAAGUGGACUGCUAGCACAGAAAGUCUUCUUCGACGACAUCGCCGACAGCGAGGGAAGGCGAACCAGCCUGGAGUUGAUAGACGUGCAGUGGACAUACCUGGCCAUCACGCUUUCUUGCGUUGCUUUGGCCCUCUUCUUCUAUUACAUGCCACUGCCGGAGGUUACCGAUGCUGAACUGGGCCGCGUUGCGGAUCGUCUGCCCGUUGACGCGAAGAAACGGACCAUUGGAGGACUGCAGCUUAGGACGUUGUGCAUCAUCCUCGCUGUGAUGGCACAGUGGUUUUAUGUUGCUGCGCAGGAGUCCAUGUCGAUUUUCUUUGACGAUCUCAUGACUUCUACGUUACCAGGUGCCUCAGAUGCCGAUCAUCCUAGAGGCCUUGUCCUCUCCGUAUCCGAUUACCUUCUCGUUGCUCACGCCGCCUUCACGAUCUCUCGCUUUAACUCAGCCCACCUCGCAUGGCUGUCGGUUAAGCACCCACAGAGCCGACUCGUACCGACACCUCGCACCCAGCUCACCAUCUUUUCUACCCUAUCUGUUAUAUUCGCACUCCUAUGCGUCGUGCUGCGCCCCUCGAACUCGAAUCUUAUCGCCAUCCCCGCAAUCUUGUUCUUCUUUGCCGAAGGGCCCAUCUGGCCUCUCAUCUUCGCAAUGGGCCUCCGUGGUCAGGGUAAUCGCACGAAACGCGCGGCAGCAUGGCUUACCAUGGGUGCAAGUGGACCAGCGUUUUGGCCGUUCGUGAUGUAUGGCAUUAUGAGCAACAAUGGCGCGUCCGUACAGCUUGCAUUCGUGAUACCCGUCAUUUUGCUGCUCUUCACGCUCGCGUACCCGGUCUUCUUGACAUUAUUGAGAGACGCGAGAGACCUUGUGGACCCACAAAUACCCCGGGGACGGCGUGCUAGUGCAGGUGGCGGUAUGGGCGGAGGAGAAUACCCGGAGAGCGGGCGCAGCACAAGGGACACCAGUGCCAACAUGGACGAGAUACUGCGGCAGAGGAGGAUGAGCAACGCCACUACUAAUUCCACCUCCAAGGAUGGUGGGGCGCUUGCCUUCGUCAUGGACAAGAUAAAUACAUUCAAUGAGAAAAGAAGAGAAAAGAGAAGACAGGGCUCUUCAACGACGACAAGUUCGUCACCGAUGUUUGAGCACAUGGAGCUACGUCGGGAGAGCGACGGGGACCGGUCUGGAAACGGUCAAGGACAGCCCAGGGGAAACAGGACACCAACGAUACCCGAGGAGCGAUGA